AUGUUAAGCCUGGUACAGGAACAGGAAGCAGCGGAUAAGACUAGAAAUGCAGAAGAAAGUAAGGAGUUUUUUUAAGUUUGGAUUAGGGUUUUAGGUUUUUAGCUUUUAAGUUUAUGGAGAGAUGCCUUUAUCCUGGUUGGCCUGAGGAGGCGCAUUUGCUUCGCUAUCAUGCACUUAAUGGAGGACCCUUUCUCCUUCCAUGGCUGCCGCCUCCUCCUCCGCUGCUGCCUUCUCAGGCCUUUACCUCCUUCCCUGCUCAUGGGUUUCCUCCAUCUUCUUUGUUUGUUGAGGGUAUGGCAGAAGAUAGAGCUACCGCUGCUUCUAAGAGCCACAGCCAGGCCGAGAAGCGCCGUCGGGAGAGGAUCAAUUCUCAUCUUACCACUCUCAGGAAAUUGAUUCCCCGUUCUGACAAGAUGGAUAAGGCUGCUUUGUUGGGCAGCGUAAUUGAUCAUGUCAAGGAUCUAAAGAGAAAAGCGGUGGAGGUCAGCCAGCUGUUCACAGUUCCGACCGACGUUGAUGAAGUCAUCGUUGAUUGCGAUCAAAGUGCAGAAUCCACUACCAACACCAGCAGCACCACCACAACUAACAGCAAAGACAACCACUUCAUCAAGGCUUCACUUUGUUGCGACGACCGGCCGGAACUGUUCACCGAUCUCAACCAAGCGCUCAAUGGUUUGAGGCUAACAACAGUAAGAGCAGAAAUGGCUACUCUGGGUGGCAGGGUUAUAAGCGUUUUGCUGCUUUGCACUAAAGAUUGCGAAGAGGGUGUGUGCUUAAACUCUCUCAAACAGUCUCUCAAUGUAGUUUUGAAUAGAAUUGCUUCAGCGUCAGGGGGCUCCAUGAAUGGCCGUUCAAGCAAGAGGCAAAGGAUCUUGUUACCCUCAUAUUACUCACAGUCUUACAGUGAUCAUCAUGAACUUUGUCUAGUGUAAUUGCCAUAUUAGUGGCUUUUAAAUUAGCCAUUUAUUAUAAUSUUUGUUUUUCUUUAUGCUUAAAAUUGCUACGUCCGAGCAGAAUGAUGAAACACAACGUUUCUUUAA